AUGGAGCCCUCAGCACAGGGAGGGCCUUCUACUUCCACGUCGGUUGACGAUAGCCAAUCAGUCGAUAGGGCUGAAGAUUCAGAACUCUUCCCCUCUGUCCCAGCAUUAAACCAAGCUGCGUCUAAUCUUGCCCAAAUAGCUUCGUAUUUUACCCAGUGCCUCCCAGUGCCUGGUUACACAGGAAUACCGGAGGAAGACCAAGAACUAGCAAUACUUCCACCGGUCUCAACUUCUGGCAGGCCUGCUCUUCAGACUUCUUCUGCAGAGUUGGAUGGCAGUAGCUUGUCUCCCAGUGUAAUAAGUUCCUCUCAAGAAACCUUGGAAAUCUCAGGGCAGAUGGCACCUUUUCGUGUUUUUCAGAAUGGAGCUUCACUAUUUCAAGGUCUCGUAGAUCGUGCUCGGAAAACUGUACGUGGUUCAGCAGAUGAUAUCGGAUGGCUUCAGCGCACUCAAGGCUUACCUGCAGCUGAGGAUGGGACGACCAGAUUUAUGGAGAUCCUUGACUCCGUGAGAAAAAAUGAGCACAAGCUACCUGAUGCGGUGGUCUAUUUGUUAGUUCCAGGUUUAUUUAGUAACCAUGGGCCACUUUACUUUGUGAAGACAAAAGCAUACUUCUCCAAAAUGGGUCUGGUUUGUCACAUUGCCAAGAUUCACAGUGAGUCUUCAGUAAGUAAAAACGCAAGGGAGAUAAAAGAAUACAUUGAAGAAAUAUACUGGGGAUCAAGGAAACGUGUGCUCCUUCUUGGUCAUAGCAAGGGUGGUGUAGAUGCGGCAGCAGCUCUGUCACUCUACUGGCCACAACUGAAAGACAAGGUUGCAGGUUUGGUACUAGCUCAAAGCCCCUAUGGAGGAAGCCCAGUUGCUUCUGAUAUCCUAAGAGAGGGGCAGCUUGGUGACUAUGUCAUGCUACGCAAGCUUAUGGAGAUUUUGGUUUCGAAAGUCCUUAAGGGUGAUUUGCAGGCGCUAGAAGAUCUGACAUAUGAAAGGAGGAAAGAAUUCCUGGCGCAGCACCCAUUGCCCCCCGAGGUGCCAAUUGUAUCAUUCCACACGGAGGCAAGCAUCACCCCCAGUGUGCUGACAGCCCUCUCUCAUGUUGCGCAUGUUGAGCUGCCGGUUGCCGCUGACGGCAAUCCUGCGAGGAUUCCUGUUGUAAUGCCACUUUCAGCUGCCUUGGCAGCAUGCUCGCAGCUGCUGGUGGCGAGGUAUAGUGAGAAGAGUGACGGUCUUGUGACGAGGAAGGAUGCUGAAGUUCCCGGAUCGGUGGCGGUCCGACCAGAGCGGAAGCUGGACCAUGCGUGGAUGGUGUAUUCCUCGAUGAAUGAGGAGCCUGGGGAUCAGGCGAACACGUCGCAGGUAUGCGAAGCUCUGCUGACUCUGCUUGUCGAGGUUGCGCAGAAAAGGAGGCAUGAGACGGCCAUGAAAGACGAAUAG